AUGCAUGCAGGCGAAUGUUCAUGGGGUACAAAAUGCCGUAAAUGGACUUGUACGAAAAUUCAUCCGGUCGGUCGAACUCAGCUUUGUCCGAACAAAAACCAUUGUAACGAUCAUGCUUGCAGUUACUUACAUCCGCCUAAGCAUGCCGAACCAUCAAAACCAAUAGUCGCUAUGCCGUUGGUAACGUGUAACAAGCCAAACAUCUCUCCUGGCUCAGAAAAGGAAGGACCAAAAGAAGUAAUUGAGUUAAGUAUUGCCGAGCAAAAUUUUCUUGAAUCUUUUGGCAGCAAAAUCUUGGAUAAAAUUCGUAACGAACAAGAUAUUAAAAAUGUAAAAGUUAAAGGUGGUAAACUUCAAUUGUCAGGAAAUAGUUUAACAAUUACAAAUAUAAAAUCUUAUCUAAAACAAGCACUUCAUGAACAGAAUGUGACGAUCACAAAUAGCUUGAAGAAAUAUUUACAGUCAUCUGCUAAAGGACGUUUAAUAAAGAGAUUUUUACAAAAAUAUUCUGUAGGAAUUUCUUAUCUGGAAAUAUCAACAAACGCUUCUUUGACUUCCAAUGAUAUGCUUACGAGUAAAAACCGUAUUCAUGGUCAUGAUGAAGAUGAAAGAGAAAAGCAAUACAAUAACGAUCGUGAUGUGAAUCAGUCCGAAGACGAACAAGAAGAAGAAGAAGGAGAAGACGAUGAUGAUGAUGAUGAUGAUAGAAAGAGUGAUAUUUCGAAUACAUCAUCCAAUGUCACAAAUAUUUCGAGUAAUUUUAAGCAUCGUCGUAAUUUUGCUCAAAAAUUUAUACAAGUAACUUUAUGCAAUGACUCGGAAGAUUUAUUAUCUAAAGCCAUAAAAGAAUUAAAAAGUUAUAGUUUGUACACUCAAUCAUGGGCAUUAACACAAGAUGAAAUUACAUACAUUUUAAAACAACCACAAACGGCCAAACCUUCAAAAAAUAAUACUAAAGUUGGUAAUCAACGUUUUCAGAUUAAACAUUAUCUCAGUGGUCUCAUUCGAUCUACUCCGAAUUCGAUCGUAGAAAUCUCUGUAGAUUAUAAAAAUGGUAUAUGGCGUGUGAAAGUGAGAGGAUUUAAGGAUCAUGUCAACAAUGCUGUAUCGAAAAUAAAAAAUUGGUUAAACGAUAAUAUUGAAACUGAAGUACAACUUCCUAUUUCAAAAGCUAUGGCAAUUUUUCUCCGAAUAAAAGCUUCAUCUGAUAUAAAAAAACUGGAAAAAACUCAUUGUAUAAAAAUAACAAUCAUUUCCCCACCUUGGCGAAAACAUGGGAAUGACGAACAAGAUGAUGGCAAUGAUUGUCUAAAACUCAGUGGUUCUUAUUCACGCAUUAACUCGGCAAGAGAAAAUGUGGGAAAUUUUCUCGAAGGUUUAUUCGAACAAAAAAAAGUAUUUCUUUGUCAUAGUUGGGAUGCUUCAAGGAACAUUUCCCAAAUUAUUCGUACACGUCUGAAAAAACUACAAGAUUCGUAUGAUUGUGAAGCAAUAGGAUGGAUCGAAAUCUAUACAGUGAUCGAAAGAAGAGAUACUACACCAAGAAUAACUGUAUCAAUAGUUGGUCUAAAUGAAGAAGCAGUUGAUAAUGUCAUUGAACAAUGCCAAGAUAUUGUAGAAGGAUAUGUUAUUUGGAAACCAUCUGCAGGUGAAUAUCGUUCGAUAUUUAAUGCAUUAAUAGUGAAAAGAUCGCCAUCUAUUGAUGAAUUUCGACAACAAUGGGAAACUGAUAUACGGUUAGAUCGAGAUACGGGUACUAUCGCUAUUCCUGCACCAUCGAAAAUGAUUGCAGAUGAUAUCAAAGAAGUUCUACUGAGUUUGGGAGAAGAAAAAAAAUCUCGAAUGAAUCGUAUAUCUGAAUUCAUUCCUAUUCAACGAAAUAUUCGUCGUUUUGUUAAUAAAGCUAUUGGUUCCUUACUUGAUGAAGCAAAAACUCAAAGAAUUUUUGUAGAAUCUAAAAAUCCUAAUGGAUUGACACUACAUGGUCCUUCUGAUAUUAUCACUGAAGUCAAAAAUAAGAUCAAUACUAUUAUCAAUGAAAUUGAACAAAAGAUCACUACACAUCGUUUGCAAUUAUCGUCAGCCGAGUCAGACUUAAUGCGAGCCGAUGCAUAUAAACUAGCAAAAAUUAUUGAACGAGAAACAAAUACUAUUAUUCGAGAUGUUAUAGCAGAUCAGACUAGUUUUACAUUAAAGACGAAUGAUAACGAUUUUAACUCGACUUUAGCUGUUGCUGUAAAUAGUCGUGGUCAAACAAUUGUCGUAGAGAAAGGUGAUAUCACAAAAGUAAAAAAUGUCGAUGCAAUUGUGAAUGCAGCAAAUGGGUCAUUGUAUCAUGCAGGCGGCGUAGAUAAAGCGAUUGCUGAUGCUGCUGGUCCCACACUUGAUCGAGAAUGUAAACAAUUAAUUGCUAAGAAUGGAGGUUUACCCAUUUCUGCUGGUAAAGCAGUCAAGACAACAGCUGGCAAUCUUCCUUUCAAAUGUGUUAUUCAUGCCAUUGGUCCUCAAUAUUCUGAUGGGGAUCAACAAGAACGCCCAUUAUUAUUCUUUAGUGUUUUAUCUAGUUUAAGACUUGCUGAAGGUGAAAGUUAUACAAGUGUUGCUUUACCAGCCAUUAGUUCUAAAACUUAUGGUUUUCCAUUGGCAGAUUGUACAAAUAUUGUAGUUCGUGCAGUAAAACAGUUCUUUGCCGAUUAUCCACAAUCAAAUGUAAAAAAAGUAAUUCUAUUAGACAUGGAUGCUGCAGCUUGUAAUUCAUUUGCACGUGAAGUUGUCAUCGAUCAUCGAAAUGAAUUGGUAGACGAUGACGAUAUUAUCAACUACGAGUUACCUCCAUUAACAGCUAAAUGGUGUUGGCAAAGUGAUAAUGGUGAGAAAAUCAAUGACGAAAACCAUGCACGUCAAAUCGAGGACGCGUUUCAACGAUAUUUGAAAACUUCCCCUAUACCGACAUUGGUAAUUCAUGCUGAUAAUUUACAAAGUGGUACUAUUGUUGAUUACAGUAUCCAUUUUCUUCCUAAUUUGAAGCAAUUGUUGGCAAGCAAUCCAAGUGCACUAAAUGAUCGUCUUGUCUGUGGAUAUCAAAAGAGAAUAAGUAGUGGCUAUGAAAGAGAUAUUAUUCGCUACCCAGUAGUGCAAACGAUUCAGUCAACACCUGUUGCUUAUUCUCCUAAACCAUUGGAUUCAUAUCAUUUACAAGUAGUAACGACAAAAGUCUAUUGGGAUGUUACUGGUAUCGCCCGUGAAGCUGUACAACAAGCUGAAAGAGCAAUUCGGAAAGUAAUCGAUUCUGCCACGAUUUCAGAACCUUACUCCAUACCUCUGAAUAAAGAUUUUGAUACUCAUAAGAAAGAACUCAUCAAAAUUGCAACUCAACAGCAAAUUCAAAUUGAUUUUCAACAAGAGUGUUCAGGACAACUACCAAUGGUAUUAAAAGGUUUAAAACCAAAUGUAGAAGACGCAAAAUCAAAAAUUACUUCAUAUGCUCUCGAUACCUUGAAAAUGCAAGUAGAUAACGAUCAUAUAAUAUGCAUACCUAAAAAAUGGGGUGAUCAAACAGAAGGAUGCAAAUUAGUUGAAAUUGCUCGGAGUGAUCCUGACUUUGUUCGUAUUGAAAAUCGUAUGAAAGAAACAAUGGCAAGUGUAAAAAUCGAUAAAAUAGAACGAGUACAAAAUGUACGUAUGUGGAGACAUUAUGCAUUUCGUCAUCUCGAACUUAAAAAGGAACUAAGUCAUAUGCCUAAUUUACAAAUUGAAAUGGAAUUAUUUCAUGGAACGAGAGCAACACUACCGAGUGAAGUUUACAAUGGUGAAUACGGUUUUGAUAUGACAUUUAGUACAAGUGGUAUGUGGGGUAUCGGUACAUAUUUUGCUAAAAAUGCUUUAUAUUCGUGUAACGGCUAUGAUUAUAAAUUACCGAAUGGUAAACGCCAAGUAUUUUUAGCUCAAGUGCUGACAGGUGAUGCAUAUGAUUGUAAGAGUGAUUCAAAUUUACGUCGACCUCCAAAAAAAAAUGAGACGAAAUCUGGUCUACGAUAUAAUAGUGUAUCAGGUGAUACAGGUGGCAGUAAAGUUUACAUUAUAUACGAAAAUCGUGUGGCUUAUCCUACCUAUUUGAUUACAUUUACGUGUUAG